UUGUGGACUGAUAGGCAUGUAAUAGUUAGCAAUGCUUUGAACUCAGAAAGGGCGGUAUUGGUUGAAGAAUGCAGAAGCCCGCAGCUCCUCAGCAGAGGGCAGUUGGGGUGCUGCAGGGUGAAGACCCUACACCGACGUACAAUAACUUCAUCAGAAAUACUUUAGGCAAGGGCGAGAGUGCCAACUAUAUUGAUCACAUUCAAGGACUCGCGGCGUUAAAGGCAUAUGAUGAGAAACAAAGCGAUCUGGUGCUGCGACAGCUGUCCAGGCUCCUGCAAUAUGGUCAUCUCAACAUGGAAGGCGUGCAGCUGGCGCUGCAGGCGCUACAAAUUGACAUCAGCCGCGAUGACAAGUCGCUCAGUCGACUUGUUCGCUACCUGGUGGUGCUGGGGCUGGGAGACGGCUCCGCAGGCACCCCGCUACCAGUGCCUCCACAAGCAGGCUCCACGCUGCUUGCCAAGGCGGUGGACGGGCUAGGUCUGGAGGUGCUGGUGGCCGGCUGGGCGGAUCUGGGUCAGGAGCGGGCGGCCUUCGGGCGCAAGCAGGCGGCGCUGCGGGCGCUGGCGGCCAUCACGCGGGCGUCGCUGACCAGCAGGCCGGAUGACGUCACCUACGUGCAGGGCCUGUACGAGACGCUGCGCGGGCUGCUUGACAAGGUGGACUCGCUGCGGGCCAGCCGGCGGGGGCUGGCGGCGGUGGUCAGCCAGGCCACCAACAGGAAGAAGAACCUCAUGGCGGACAUGAGGCAGCUGGCUGAGAUGUGGGGUCUGCUGCGCUGCGCCUUCAGCGCCGCCCGCCUGGCGCUGCCGCGGAGUGGGCUGUACAAGGUGGCGCAGCGCAGCCUGGCGGCUCUGGGCUCCUCCGACCCCGUGUGUGCCCGCCACGCCCUGGCCCUGGCCUCCCUAGUGGCCCGCGACCCGGGGGGCGCCGGCUCCUUCAUCGCGGCGGUGGAGCCGCUGCUGAGGAGGAACGUGGAGGCGGGCAGGAGGACAGGCGCCCUGCACCUGGGUCUGCUGCCCGCCAAGCGCCCCGGCUCCUCCCUGCUCUCCUCCUCCUCCUCCUCCGACCCCACCUCCUCCUCCGCUGCCGCUGCUGCUGGCGACUCCUCCGAUAGUCCCCUCACACUGCGAGACACUUGGGCGCGAGUAUACCUGGCGCGGGCGUGUGCGGCGGCCAUCCAGUCGGGCCACAUCGCAGGUGACGUCGCGGGCCGCGGCUCCACCUUCUGGCAGGCGCUGGUGCUGCUGGCGGUGGCCGACCCCUGCGAGCGGGUGGCGCUGGAGGCGGUGAGGGCCAUGUUCGGGGCGCCCUACCCGCGAGCAGCCUCGGCAGCAGCCAUGCGCCAGCCGGGGGCGGGAGGCAGGCUGCCCGCGCCCUCCUCCCCCGCGGAGGUCGAGGCGGAGGCCGCUCAAUCCAAGAUCCUGGGUGCCUCCUGGCACCUUAUCAUGACGCAAGCACUCGAACUGCCGCCCCUGCCCGACCCAGCCUUUGAGGGCCCGAUCCCCACCGCAGCAGUAGGACAGCAGCAGC